AUGGGGUAUAGUACUAUUUCCAAUGAUAAUGAUAUCAAAGUAUGUGUGAUAAUGGUUGGUCUACCCGCCAGAGGUAAGUCUUUUAUUUCCCAAAAAAUUAUUAGAUAUCUAUCGUGGUUAUCCAUAAAAGCCAAGUGCUUUAACGUGGGAAAUUACAGAAGAGACGUGAGCGGGAAUGUUCCAAUGAAUGCUGAGUUUUUCAACUUCGAAAAUAAAGAUAGUUUUAAACUCAGAGAAUUGGCUGCCCAGAAUGCCAUGAAAGACAUUGUGAAUUUCUUCACUAAAGAAGACGGAUCUGUGGCGGUGUUCGAUGCUACUAAUAGUACACGUAAAAGAAGGAAAUGGCUCAAAGACAUAUGCGCACAGAAUAAUAUUCAACCUAUGUGUUUAGAGAGCUGGAGUAACGAUCACGAAUUGAUUAUAAAUAACGCUAAAGAUAUUGGUAGUACAUCGCCCGAUUAUGAAGACUUUGAACCCGACGUGGCAGAAGCUGAUUUUUUGAAGAGAAUUAGACAAUAUGAAAGAUUUUAUGAACCUUUGGACCCUCAAAAAGAUAAAGAUAUGACGUUCGUUAAGUUAGUCAAUAUUAUUGAAGAAGUAGUAAUCAACAAGAUUAGAACUUAUUUGGAAAGUAGGAUUGUAUUUUAUGUUAUGAAUAUUCGUCCUAAACCAAAAUAUAUCUGGCUCUCCCGUCACGGUGAAUCGAUAUAUAACGUAGAGAAAAAAAUUGGCGGGGACUCAUCACUGUCUGAAAGAGGCUUCCAGUAUGCUAAAAAAUUAAAGCAUUUAGUGAAGGAGAGUGCAGGAGAAGUGAAUUUGACCGUGUGGACUUCCACCCUAAAAAGAACACAGCAAACGGCAAGUUAUCUUCCCUAUAAGAAACUGCAAUGGAAAGCACUAGAUGAAUUAGACGCUGGCGUUUGUGAUGGAAUGACAUAUGAGGAAAUUGAAAAAGAAUAUCCUGAAGAUUUUAGGGCACGUGAUAAUGACAAAUACGAGUACAGAUAUCGCGGCGGAGAAUCCUACAGAGAUGUAGUGAUUCGUUUAGAGCCCGUUAUUAUGGAAUUGGAACGCCAAGAAAAUGUUCUCAUUAUAACACAUCAAGCCGUACUUCGGUGUAUAUAUGCAUAUUUUAUGAAUGUUCCACAAGAGGAAUCUCCUUGGAUGUCUAUCCCCCUACACACGUUGAUCAAACUAGAGCCUAGGGCCUAUGGUACAAAGGUUACCAAAAUCAAGGCAAAUAUUCCAGCAGUGAGUACAUAUAAAGAGAAGGGUACAAGCCAAGUAGGUGAGCUUUCUCAAAGCUCAACUAAACUUCAUCAACUGCUCAACGACUCUCCUUUGGAAGACAAAUUUUGA